CGCUCCCACCUGCCUUGGGAACGGGCUUCACCACAUCCGUGGGGCAGGAUCAUACGUGAAGCCGUUCCUGGCUUUGCAGCUGCUCUGCUCGUUCGACCACAGAGAAGACUGACAGCGUUAGAGACAGGAUUUUUUUUCUGGGGCUUUUUCUAGGAUUUUUAGCUCUGUUUCAGCAAAAUGGAGCGGUGCGAACGAGGCCGUGCAGAGACCGAGAGAAAGGCUUUGUGGAUUUUAUUAGCAACAACUGUGCAAGCAAACUUAAUUUGGCAUUCUUGAGUCCGCUGGUGUUUUUCCAACUUCACCCCUCAGCUGUUGCGAGCUGCAUUGCAGAGGACUGUGCGAUAGAGCAAUUUCUCAUUGUCUCCAGCCCCUGCCAUUUAUAAGCGGGGAUUCAGAUUGCAAAGCAGAUUAAGUGAACAUUCCCUUUUAUUUUUAAUUUUAAUACAACUGCUUCCUCAAGUCAUUGGAAAAAUAUACCUGGCACUCGCUAGCCUGAGGAUAUGUGCUUUUCAGCUGAGACAAACUUGAGCAACUUUGGCAUGACAUGCAGAGACCUCCAGAUGCUUUUCAGCUGGCUGUGGACUCAGUUACACCCACAAGAAGAAAGCAAUGACUGGUCAAGUCAACUCUGCUUCAAUGACAAAGUCACUCCGCCAGGAGCGGAGGCAGUGAGGCCGCUGCGAACUCCUCGCCGCUGCGAUCUGCCAGGUUGGCACACACAACAGCACGUCAGCUACAAAGGCUUUCCCCCUUUACUGGCAACGUCGUCUCCCUUCUCGCCGUCUCCCUUCUCGCCGUCUCCCUUCUCGCCGUCUCCCUUCUCGCCGUCUCCCUUCUCGCCGUCUCCCUUCUCGCCGUCUCCCUUCUCUCUCCCUAGGGAGAACAGGCACUUGCAUGCAGUAGCUGACUGUCCGGUUUGGUUUGUGAACACCUGUAGCUGAGAUUGCCCUGCACACCAACAACUGUGUCUCUAAUGACUGGUACGAGAUUCCCUCUUCUAGACUUGCUGUACUUGACAUCUACAUCCCUCUAUGAGCAGACGCAGCCUCGUCUUCUUACCCUUCUUUUUUUCUUCUUCUCU